CGUGUGAUUAAACACACAACCGCAUAACCUCCGAAAACACCCACAACGGUAACCCUUCACUCUCUCCGCAUGUUCUCGGAGCUCCGGCUCCCUUAACGGAGCCCUAACUCUUCACAAUACAUAAGCAUAGUCAUUUCGCAUAUCACAUACAUACAUACAAUAUCGUAUACACACACAAUAUAUAUUAUAUAUAUCUACAUCUACAAAUCUAUAACGGUUUCAUUUUCUCAGAUCUUAGGCUACAACGAUGUCGAAACCUUGGGCAAGAACCGGCGCUUGGGCCGACGAAGCUGAGGCGGAGGAGCGCGAGCAAGCGGAAGCCGCCGCCGCCGGUGGCGGUAGCGAUUCUCAGAGCUUUCCGAGCCUGAAAGAGGCCGCGACCAAGCAGAAGAAGAAAAAGAUGAGCUUGCAGGAGUUCACGAUGCAGGCUUCUGUAGGCCCUGUUGGUGGUGGGUACAAGGGUUUGACGCCGGACGAGAUGCUCAGGCUUCCGACCGGUCCGAAGGAGCGUUCUGCUGAGGAAAUGCAGUAUGGGCGGCUCGGUGGAGGGUUCUCCAAUUACGGCCGGUCCGGUGGGCUACAGGGGGGUCGCAGGGACUCGGAAGGAGAUAGUUCUUGGGGCAGUAAUAGGAGAUCUUAUGGUGGAUUUGAUGACGAUCGUAGAGGUCCGCCUUCUAGGGCUUCAGAUUUUGAUCAACCGUCGAGAGCUGAUGAGGUCGAUAACUGGGCAGUGGGGAAGAAAUCUCUACCAUCCUUCGAUUCCGGUCGUUCUAAUCGGUAUAGUUCGCUUGGUGGCGGUGUUGGGGGAGGGGGUAUGUCUAGGUCUGAUGAGAUCAACAAUUGGGCAGCUGACAAAAAGCCAUUGCCAUCGAGAUCUUCAACUUUUGAUUCGAGUUUCCGCAAUUCAGGACCGGAACCUGAUCGAUGGACUAGGGGAGGAUUGCCAGAAGGAGAUCGGGAACGCCCCCGAUUGGUAUUGAAUCCACCACGGGCUGAGGGAGCUGUAGUUGAGCAUGUGAAGACGAAUAAGCCAAGCCCAUUUGGGGCUGCGCGGCCUAGGGAAGAAAUUCUGGCUGAAAAGGGUUUGGAUUGGAAGAAAAUGGACUCGGAGAUUGAGGUGAAGAAAAGCAGCAGCAGGCCAACCAGCUCGCACUCUAGCAGGCCUUCAAGUGCACAGUCAAGCAGAUCGGAAGGCCCAGCAUUGCAGGGUGUGGAACAGACGGUGAAACCAAGGCCAAAGGUGAAUCCUUUCGGGGAUGCUAAGCCCAGGGAAGUUUUGCUUCAAGAAAAAGGUUUGGAUUGGAGGAAGAUUGAUUUGGAAAUGGAGCGUCACCGUGUUGACAGGCCUGAGACAGAUGCAGAGAAGAAUUUGAAAGAAGAACUAAACCUUCUAAAGAAGGAACUUGAGAAGGAAUCUGCUUUAAAUGAUAAAAGUGAAUCUGCCAGUUUAUAUGAUUUAAUACUUAGUAAAGAAAAGGAGUUGGAACUUCUGGCUCGUGAGUUGGAUGAGAAAGUCCGGUUUGGGCAGAAAGUCACUGAAAGGCCUGGUUCUGGAGCAGGCAGAGUUGCUGGCUUUCCACCAUCCUCUCAGUCUGGGACAUUUGAAGAGUCCAGGAGUAUGGAGUUCAUGGAGAGGCCUCGUUCGGGAGGUGCUGGAGAUAUGUGGUCACGGCAGGGCGAUAACAGAAGAUCAUUCCAAGGCGGCAGGGAAAGAGGAUUUCUGGGCAACAGGGACAUGGACCGGCCAAGGUCAAGGGAGAGAUGGUGAACUUCAGUUGGUGUUUGUUUCAUUGAGUUCUCUCUUCUACUUUCGGCAGUUAGAACAAAAUAAUAUUUUGUCAAGUCACUUUUAUUUAUUUUUCUCAUGAUUUUGCCAUUGAUUAAAUUGGGCUAGAAUUAUUUACUAGCACCGUAACUUUUGCAUUAAUCUAUUGUUACGUCUCCAAACCUUGUGAAAUGGCAAUUUUUUCUAUCUGUCUGCCUCGCGACAAGGAACAUGUUCUCUGUUUAUUGUUUUUAACACCUUCCAUUGUGAUGCACAAUCUCAGGGUGGUGGUUUUAUUUUAUAUUCAAACAUUAUUCUUUGUAAGGUUUUACUUUCCACAAGAGAGUUGAUGGUCCAAUGUGUGUAUGUCUCUCUCUACUCAUUUGUUUAGUAGUUGCUGUAUGUAUAAAUUGAGGACAUCUCAUAAAACUGAUGUAUAUUUUUGUGCAAUUAAUGUGGAAAAGUUUGUUUGGCAUGA